UCAUAGAUAAACACUGUUAUCCCUUUCACUCACCACACACAUAGAGACCCUCACCCCCUCUCCUCUCUCUCUACAAAUUGCAUUUUUGCCUCUUUUAGUUUUUCUACCUAAUCCUUCGUGUAUGGCUUCAAUUUCAGCCACCGCUGCCGUAAUUGCCUCUUCAAGACUUUCAUAUGCUUACACCCAUUCUUCGUCUGGUCCCUCCCUUACACCUAGUUCUUCAAAAUCCACUAAAAUUGUGUUUUCCUCUUCAUUUACUCCUUCUUUAUCUACCCUUUUUGUCCAUCCCGCCGCCGCCACCGCCCAUGGGUCUCACCGAAGAUUUACUGUCAGGGCCGCUAGAGGAAAAUUCGAGCGGAAGAAACCCCAUGUCAAUAUCGGAACAAUUGGCCACGUCGACCAUGGAAAGACCACUCUUACUGCUGCUCUGACUAUGGCCUUGGCCUCACUUGGAGGCUCCGCCCCUAAAAAGUACGAUGAAAUUGAUGCCGCCCCAGAAGAACGCGCCCGUGGUAUCACCAUUAAUACUGCCACUGUCGAAUACGAGACUGAGAACCGCCACUAUGCCCACGUGGAUUGUCCUGGACAUGCUGAUUAUGUUAAGAACAUGAUUACUGGUGCUGCACAGAUGGACGGUGCUAUUUUGGUGGUUUCAGGGGCAGAUGGUCCUAUGCCCCAGACGAAAGAGCACAUUCUGCUUGCUAAACAAGUUGGGGUGCCGAAUAUGGUGGUUUUCUUGAACAAACAAGACCAGGUCGAUGAUGAAGAGCUGCUUCAAUUGGUUGAUCUUGAGGUAAGGGAAUUGUUGUCCUCAUAUGAAUUUCCUGGUGAUGAUAUUCCAAUUGUUUCGGGCUCUGCUUUACUAGCUUUAGAGGCAUUAAUGGCAAAUCCCGGGAUUAAAAGGGGUGAAAACGAAUGGGUUGAUAAGAUUUACGAAUUGAUGGAUGCUGUUGAUAGUUAUAUUCCUAUUCCUCAAAGGCAGACUGAUUUACCGUUCUUGAUGGCUGUUGAGGAUGUUUUUACUAUCACAGGUAGAGGUACGGUGGCUACC